CCCUUAGUAAUGUUUUCGGAGACGACGAUUGGACGAGAUCCCGGGAGGAGCUUUAUUCACCUUCCUCGGGAUUGGAUAAUGUUGUUUAGUGUGCUUCCUGCCCCAUCUUUCUCCCUCACCGAUUGGUCAGGAUGGUGACGCGAAAAUGUGUUGCUCGGGCUCUGAUUGGUCAGAGUGCGCGUGUUCUGUGGGGGAGGGUCAGAACAUCAGCGGGAGAUUCAGAAAAUGGCGGAGUGUGGAACCAAAAGCCCCCUACCUGCCGCGAUGGCAGAAUCACUGAAGCUGUACGAAGCUCAGUUCUUUGGCUUCACCCCGCAGACCUGCAUGCUGCGGGUUUACAGCAGCUUCCAGGACUGCCUGUACGAGAUCCUGCUGGCCGUGGAGACGGUUAUCAUCAAGAAGAUGGGGGGCGCGACAGCCGGGCGCUCCAGCGACGGGGCAGCAGUGGCAGAGCGAGUGCGGGAGUGCACCCAGGAGUUCCUGAGCUUCCUGCAGGGGCGUGUCAGCCUCAUCUCCAGCCGCAUGGAGAUCCUCCUGCAGAGCAGCGUCCUGACGGUUCCUCAAAACGUGGUGCUGCCCGAGGACGCGCCCCACCACAAGUACCCCCACAGCAGCCAGCAGCUCGCCAAGCUGGAGGCCGAGAUGUCCCGGCUGCAGCGGCACUACCAGGCCCAGGUUUUUGCCAAGCAGGCCCUGCUGGCGGAGCUGGAGGAGCAGAGGGAGGCGCAGGCUGAGCUGGACAGGGUGCUGCAGUGGAUCGGAGAGCUGAAAGCCGCCUGGAGGGAGAGCGGCAUGGGCAACGUCCACGAGAGCCUUGACUUCAUGAUCCAGACCGCGCGCCGCCUCCAGGAGACGCUGAAGGAGAUCAGUUUGACAGGCAGUGGGAAAGACUAGCAGAGAUCCCUGUUAUUAGAUUCCUACAAACUUUCAGCCAGCUAUAAACUGUUGAUGACAAAUCUUAAAAAAAAUUAAAAAUACAAUUCUCUUAUAAAGGACUGUAUAAUAUACAGAUGCAAAACUUUCUGCCAGCUGAAAGCAAUGGUCCCUAUUUAGGGAUUUGUUGCUGCUUCUUCAUCCUCCAGCAGAGGGCGUUAAGUGAAAUUUAAAAUUAACUGGUUGACUGCACUUUCCUUUCAUGUUUGGUUUUAGUUUUUUCUGUUUUGUGUACGUUUUGAUUUUGAAUAAAUAUUGCAUUUUGUAAA